AUUCGCGGCCCUGUUCAUCUACCAGAGACCGAAUGGUGGCUUUGUUGCUCCGUUGCGACUCCGCCACCCAGGCCUCUCGUUUCUUAGAGCACGCAUCCUAGCCCUGACAACACACCCUUUGUGUUUGGCAUUGUAGUGUUGGUUGAGGGCCAACCUCACCGCCAAAACGUCGGAUGCGAUGUCAUUUCUUAUCGCCUCUUCUAACUUCUUAACUAGCUCACCCUCUACUCUGUUUCUAUCUAUGGCUUGUGCUUUGCUAUAUCUAAUCACUUCCUCUUUUACUGCUCUCUUGAGGGCAAACCAUUUGUUGUUGAUAGAUAGAAGGAUAGACAGACAGACAGACAAACAGAUAGAUUGCCUACAUUUUUUUCUUUUCUACUCUAGGCACAAUGCCCAAAAUUUUGGGGGAGGGGACCAGUACACAACUGGUAGUUAAUUUAUCGAUCCCGAAUUUGAACUGAGAACGUGAAGACAGAUAAAAUAAUACCCAAAUAUUUUAACAGAUUAAUGUUAUGGAGGAUGCCUUCUCAUUUGUGGGAAAAAAGAAAAGCAGAGAGAAAUAAGGAAAACUGCAUUGAAGACUAAUGGAAGAAGAAGGAGAAGAAGGAGAAGGAGAAGAAGAAGAAGAAGAAGAAGGAGAAGAAAGUUAUUUAAAGGGAGAUAAUCGUGGAAGGUUUUGGAAUUUCUAUAAAAACCAUUUCCGUUUUGAAGUUUUCCCUUCCAUUAAAUUCUCGAAGAUGCCACGGAAACGGGCAAAGUCUGUGCGUGCACAUAAAGCAACACAGAAAGAAGAGGAUUCAGAUUUCAAAAAGGCUCCCCAUUCAUUUGUCAUUAAAAGUGGGAAUGUAGGCAAAUAUGUACAACAGUUAGUAAAAGAUUUUAGGAAAGUCAUGGAACCUUAUACUGCAUCCAAAUUGAAGGUCAAAAAAUGGAACAAAAUGAAAGAUUUCACUACAAUUGCAGGCUAUUUUAAUGUCACACAAAUAUUAUGCUUCACAAGAACAGACAACUAUUUGAAUCUGCGCAUCAUUCGACAGCCUCGGGGACCAACUUUAUACUUUAAAGUCUGUGAAUACUCAUUAACAAAAGAUGUUGAAUCUGCAAUGAAGUCCAUCAAUCGAAAUUCUAAACAAUUUGACCACCAACCUUUGUUGGUGAUGAAAAACCUAAACAUAAAAACAAUAAGUAUGAAGCUUGUUGCUACAGUUUUUCAGAACCUCUUUCCUUCAAUUAAUGUCAACCAGGUGAAACUAAAACGAAUCAGGCGCUGUGUCUUGUUAUUUUAUGAUCCUGAAACAAAAUUAAUACAAUUCCGACAUUAUAAUAUUAGGGUUGUUCCUACAGGUCUCACUCCUGCUGUCAGGAAAAUUAUCAAAAAGAAGAAAGUUCCCAACCUUGGCAACUAUAAGGACAUCAGUGACUUUAUUGAGAAUGGUGGAAAUCUGUCUGAAAGUGAAGCUGAAUUUGAUGGUCCCCAAAAUGAGGUUGUACUACCUCAGAAUGUGUCUGGUGUUGGAAAUAAAAUAGCGAAAAAAAGUGCCAUCAGAUUAACAGAGUUAGGUCCAAGAAUGACACUCCAGUUGGAAAAAAUUGAAGAAGGUGUUUGUGGUGGAGAUGUACUCUUUCAUAAUUUUAAAAGUAAAACACCUCAAGAAGUGAAAGCUGCAGAAAAAAGGAGAGAAGCUAAACGUAAACUGAAAGAAAUGCGUAAGAAGCAACAACAUGAAAAUGUCAUCAGGAAGGCCAAGUUGAAGGAAGAUCAUAAAAAGAAAUCGUUGAAGGGAAUGGAGAAAGCAAAGCAGCUGAAAGAGGAAAGCACUGAAGCUAAUGAAGACAAUCUCUCAAAAGAACUAGAUGAAGAUGUGGAAGAAGAUGAUAUUGAAUACUACAGACAAGAGGUCCAGGCUGAACCAGAACCAGAACUGUUUUCUAAAAAGAGGAAAAGUGAUUUUAAAGCUGCUACAAAAAGCAAAAGAUUUAAGAAAGAUGAUAGUCCAGCCCAAAAGAAAUCUGACUCUAAGAAAAGCAAAAUGUCUGUAUUGUCACAGAAAAAGAAAGAGAAUUUCUCAAGAAUGAACAAGAAAUUUGUAUCUAAGAAGCCAAAAGGCAAAAGACUUUCAUCCAAGUCAAAAUCUAAGUUUGGCAAUAAAAAGAAGUGAAAUUGAGUAAA